AUGUCAAGAGAAAUAGAGUUUUUAUUUAUGUUUUUGCACCCAAUGGUUUCGAUUAAAAAUGGGACGCACUUACGAUGCCUUGAUAUAAUUCAAACUAUGUCAUCUACUAUGUUCAAAAUGGAUUUCACCAAAGUUCGUAUAGUCUUUUUCAAUCAUUAUAAAGGUAUGUAUUGAGAUGAUGAAAUUUUUUUCGAAUUAAACAAAAUUGUGAGUUUUGUGGAUAAAUUCAUAAAAUCUUGCAAAUAUGCUAGGUACUAAAAUUAAAGUAUAUCUAUUCAAAAUAUAUAAUACGGCGGUUUAUCAUACGAUAGCUAUUGUUUUAAUCGGUUAG